AACGUUUUGGCGCUCCUCGCCUCCUCUUUUCAACUUACUUCCUCCCCUCGAAGAAGGACACGUUUUCGCUUUCUCCUCCUCCUCCUCCUCCUCCUCAACUGCUCCAUCCCCGCUUCUCCUCCUGAUCUCGGUUUCCGCUUCAUCCCCGAUCGAGUCUUCCUCCUCGGUUUCUUGGAUCGAAGAGAGGAUUGAUUUUGGUGGGCUUUGAGAGAUUCCGUGCUCGGACUGGGAGUCGGAGUGAGGCAGAGGAAGAGGUGGAGUGGGAGCGGCGGCGGGGCGAGGGUUGAAGGGGUUUCGGGGCGAUGGAUUUGGAGUCCCGAUCUCCAGCCUCGGAGACCCGGCCUUCGAAAGCAUAUAGGACCACCCUUUUGUUGGCCUACCAGAGCUUUGGUGUGGUGUAUGGCGAUUUGUGCAUCUCACCCAUUUAUGUCUACAAGAGCACCUUUUCGGGAAAGCUGCGUCUUCACGAGGAAGAUGUUGAGAUCUUUGGAGUCCUCUCUCUGGUUUUCUGGACUCUCACUCUCAUCGCUCUAUUCAAGUACAUCAUCUUCGUUUUGGGAGCAGAUGACAAUGGGGAAGGUGGGACCUUUGCCUUAUACUCACUAAUGUGCCGGAACUCAAAGAUGGGACUCUUGAGCACACCUCAUGAGCACUUAACUGCUUACAAGCUGGAACCACACCGUGAGGAAACUAGGACUAGUUUGUCGAUAAAGAAGUUUAUUGAGAAGAGUCAGACUUCACGACUAGUGCUGCUGCUUUUUGUGCUAUUAGGGACAAGCAUGGUUAUCGGUGAUGGUGUUUUGACCCCUACUAUGUCAGUUGUCUCGGCAGUUUCUGGACUCAGAAUUAAGGCUCCUGAGUUGCAUGAAAAUUACACUGUUUUGAUUUCCUGUAUCAUCUUAGUGGGCCUUUUUGCUCUCCAACACUAUGGAACUCAUCGUGUGGGCUUCCUGUUUGCUCCAAUCUUGAUAUCUUGGCUUGUCUGCAUAAGUAGUAUUGGAAUCUACAACACAAUUAUGUGGAACCCUGGUGUUGUUCGUGCCCUGUCGCCACAUUAUAUAUAUUACUUUUUUAAGAAAGCUGGAAAAGAUGGAUGGAGUUCACUUGGAGGUCUUGUCCUUUGCAUUACAGGAGCUGAGGCUAUGUUUGCUGACCUAGGGCACUUCUCGAAUCUUUCGAUCAGGAUAGCAUUUACGGCGGUAGUAUAUCCCUGCUUGGUUGCGGCAUACAUGGGCGAGGCUGCCUACCUGUCCAAGCACAGAGAGGAUCUCCAACAAAGCUUCUUUAAAGCCCUCCCAGAAGGUGUGUUUUGGCCAGUGUUUGUCAUUGCUACAUUGGCCACAGUUGUCGGGAGUCAGGCAAUUAUUUCAGCAACAUUCUCCAUCAUCAGCCAAUGUAGAGCUUUGGGGUGUUUUCCACGCGUUAGGAUCAUACACACCUCAAGCCACAUCCAUGGCCAAAUAUACAUACCAGAGGUGAACUGGCUUUUGAUGCUGUCGUGUCUCAUGGUCACCAUUGGUUUCAGAGACGCUUACAUGAUCGGAAAUGCUUAUGGUCUAGCUGUGAUCACAGUCAUGCUAGUGACGUCAUGCUUGAUGUUCCUCAUCAUCACUACCGUGUGGAGGCGAUCCGUCUUUGUGGCACUACUCUUCACCGUGACCUUUGGAUCCUUGGAAAGCCUCUACUUAUCUGCAAGCAUUGCCAAGGUUUACCAUGGAGGUUGGCUUCCCCUUCUCAUCUCUCUGAUCAUCCUUAUGGUUAUGUUCACGUGGCACUACGGUACUGUCAAGAAGCGGGAAUUUGAGCUGCAGAACAAGGUCAGCCUCGAUCGGCUCCUCAGCGUCAGCCCGAGCCUUGGCCUUGUCCGAGUCCCCGGCGUCUGUCUUGUCUACUCCAAUGUUACGAACGGCGUCCCGCCCAUGUUUGCUCACUUCGUCACCAACUUCCCUGCCUUCCACCGCGUUCUCAUAUUCCUGUGCCUGCAGACACUGACAGUACCGAAAGUUCGACUCGACGAACGCUUCUUGAUCGGAAGGGUCGGGCCGCCAGAAUCCGGCCUCUUCCGAUGCAUCGUCAGGUACGGGUACAAGGACGGGCGCCUGGAGAGCUACGAGCUGGAGAACCAGCUGCUCCUUAGGGUUGCGCAGUUCCUUCAGCAGGAAGGUGGUCGAGGCUCGUCGACCAGCGGCGCGAUGUUGGUGAUCAGCGAGCCCUGCACUCUGGUCGUGGGUGCUCCCGGAGGAGCCGACGGUGGCCCGAAGAGGGUGCAAUUCAAGGGGGUCGAAGCAGCAGCAGAGGAGGAGCUGAGCCACGAGGUGUGGGAACUAAUGGAGGAGCGUGAGGCCGGCGUUUCAUACAUGAUGGGCCACACUCAUGUUUUCGCCCACGAGUCGUCGCCAUUCCUCAAGAAGCUUGCGAUCGAUGGUGUGUAUGGAUUCCUCCGACGCAAUUCCCGGAGCUCAGCAGUGUCACUGGGCAUCCCGCACUCUUCACUCAUCGAGGUGGGCACGGUGUAUCAUGUGUGACACCGAGGGCCAUUUCUGCAUGCCCAUGACUUGGGAGUUCGAGUCGCCUGCAGCUGUCGGAGUUGGAAACAAGGCAUCGACCAGCUGCAAUCCGUGGAUGACGGUUGGUUGACUGUUCAUAGCACUCACUUGUCCUGUGAUAUAGGCUUGACAAGAAUUGCUUGGCUAAGUUAUAGCAAAAGGAGGCAGAUAUGAAGAAAGGUACCAUACGUUUUUUCUCUUCAGAGCACUCUACACAAACAUAGAUUUGAUCUUCCAAUGUUCAAAGCCAAAAUUUUUGAUAUGAUGGAUUCAAUUCCCAUAUUUUUAUUUUGAGACUUUGUGACAUUGGUUAGAAAUAAUGUGUUCAAAUACUAUGAUAAUGGUACAUAGUCAUUUGGUUA